GCUGGAGCGUGGGCCCGGGUCGCCGUCCGGGCUCGCGGUUUAAUAGAGGAAAAGGGCUCCGAGCUCUCUCCCUCCCCCCCCACGCUGUUCUGAGUUAAGCGCGCGCUCGCUCGCUUAACCCUACUGAGCUAGUGUCAGCGGGGUGGGCGCGACCGCGCGAGGGUGCCUCAGCCUAGAUCGCGUAGUCCGGCGAGAUGGCGAGCGCCGGCGCGGCGAUCGGGGCGCGCGCGGCCCGCGCCUGCGACGGCUGCAUGCGGCGGCGCGCGCGGUGGCACUGCGCCGCGGACGACGCGUACCUGUGCCAGGCGUGCGACGCCUCCGUCCACUCGGCCAACCCACUCGCGCGGCGCCACCACCGGGUGCGCCUCCCCUCCUCCUCCUCGCCGGCGGCCACCUCCUCCCUUCAGCACGCCGACCCUGACGAGCCCGCGUGGGUGCACGGGCUCAAGCGCCGGCCGCGCACGCCGCGGUCCAAGCCCGGGACGGUGAGCAAGCACUGCGCGCCCGCGAAGGCUUCGGCUGCCUCGGCGGUCCCCGAUCUCGAGGCGGAGGACUCCGGCUCCGGCAUCGUGGGUGACAACGACGACGGCCACGGGGUCGAGGUCGAAGACGAGGAUCUCCUGUACCGCGUCCCGGUGUUCGACCCCAUGCUCGCCGAGCUGUACAACCCCAUGCCGGUCGACGAUUUCCGGGAGCCGCUCGAGCAGAAGCCCGCCGUAUGCUGCUUCUCGUCGCUUGCCUGUCAGCCGUCUUCGGACUACGCAUCCGGCGUGGCGGGGGCGGCCGACGGGUUCACGGGGUUCGACGUCGUGCCGGACAUGGAGCUGGCCAGCUUCGCCGCGGACAUGGAGAGCCUGCUCAUGGGAGGUGUCGAGGAAGGGUACGACGACCUGCGUUUCUUGGACGAAGAGAAGCCGCAGCUGAACCUUGACUUCGACAUGGCGGACUUCGAUGAUCAGAGUCAGAGCGCGGCGCCGGCGCCGGAGCAGGAGUUAGAGGACAGGAAAAGGAAGCGGUCGGACUCGGGGAUGAUACUUAAGCUCGACUACGAACGGGUCAUCGACUCCUGGGCCCAUGACGGCGGCUCGCCGUGGUUCUACGGCGAGCGCCCCCACAUCGACCCCACUGAUGAUUCCUGGCUGGACAUGCCGGCGGGGAGCCGGGGAUUCGGGCUCGGCGCAGCGGUGACGGCGGUGACCGGCGGCGAGCGGGAGGCGCGGGUGUCGCGGUACCGGGAGAAGCGGAGGACGCGGCUGUUCGCCAAGAAGAUACGGUACGAGGUGCGCAAGCUCAACGCCGAGAAGCGGCCGCGGAUGAAGGGCCGGUUCGUCAAGCGCACAGCGCUGCCACCGCUGCCGCCGCGGCCGCCGAUGGUGCUCGCGGCCGCCCCAGGCCACGGCGGCGCGCACGGGCGCUUCCGUUUUUGAAAGCAAGCGCUCGAUCGUUCGUCCGUUGAUGCAUGCAUGCAUGCACGCCUGUGCACGCAUCGUCCUCGCGCGCCCACCUGCCGCUCGAACGAUAUAAUCCGCCAAUAAAUACAGUAGUACUUCACCUACGUACGUAGCUCGUUCUUUCUUGCUAGUUUUGAGCAGAAACCUCUGUGAAAUAGGACGUCCUUACCAUGUACGUACGACUGAAUAUACACUCGUAGAAUCUACCAUGUGCAAAGUAGUAUGUAGCUAAUACUACAAGUCCUUGUAUAUACGUUCUAUGGUUUAGGGUUGUUGUUGUUGUUGUUGUUUUCGUCUUUUUUAAGAAAGGUGUACUGAUUACAAGGUUGUACUUUAGAUGUUGAUCUCAAAACGUAGGAGAUACAUUCAUGGUACGAGUACGAUAGAGUUAGGGUAAUUAAGGACUUGUAACUGAGAAAAUGAGAAUGGUAGAGGAAGAAGUUGUUGUUA